AUGUCCGAGCUCAUGCGCACCUUGCCAGCUUCCUGGUAUCGUAGUCUGCCUCUCUACCAGCUUGAGCGAAGAGCUAUCUUCUUGAAGUCCUGGUAUCUCAUGGGCCCCGUUACCAGGUUCUGUGAUAUAGGAGCCAAAGUCGAAUAUGAGAUAGCGCAACGAUCUAUCCAUGUUUUCAGAAGCUCGGGAGAUGAGCCCUUUCCUGGACAAGAUGAGAUUCGAGUAGUUUGUGCACAGAGUGCUCAGGAGCGACCUUUACGACACUAUGUCACGCCCACGGGUCUCGUCUUUGCCACUCUAUCAGAAGAAGCGCCCAGUUUCAACGAGUAUUUCCCGGACUUGGAGCCAUUACUUCAGAAGGUGAAUUUCACCAAGCUCCCGUACAGACACAGCAUCAAAUACGAAGGACGAUUUAACUGGAAGACAAUGGUCGACGGUUACCAAGAAUGCCUGCAUUGCCAAUAUACCCACCCGUCAUUCUCCAUUUACUAUCCGCCAACAUCUUACGCGGUGCACAAUCACCAGAAUUUCUCUCAGCACAUCGCGGACCCGGAGAAGCCCGGUGAUGGUCUGUUUCUCUAUUUCUUCCCGAACUGCACUUUGAAUGUCUAUGGUGGAGGAAUGUCUUCGUUCCGAGUCUGCCCAACCGAUGACCCGAAUGUCACACGGAUGGAGUUCGACUACUACCACAUGGAAUCCGGCGAGAAGUUUGAUGAGUAUUUCCGGUUUGUGCGGCAGGUGGCUAUGGAAGAUUACGAACUGUGUGAGAAGGCUCAAGACAACCUCACUAAAGGCAUCUAUAGUGAAGGGAUACUCAACCCAGAGAAGGAGAGCGGGGUCUUCUUUUACCAGGAUCGCGUUUUUGAAUUGGUGUGUCAGCAGCACGCGGCAGACAAGCUGGAAAAGGAACGCAAAGAAACGGAAUUUGAUAAGCGAAAGACGGGGCCGAAGGGUGUCACAACAGGCGCAUGA